AUGCCCGAACAAAUAACUAAUGAAAAUUUGAACGAGGAAACUGAGUAUAAUAAAUUAGGAAAAGUAGAAUUAGAGAAAGCCGAAGACCCGAAAAUUCAAAAAGAGUUGCUGGAACUUUUCCAAAAAUAUAAAAAGGGCGAGAAGUUUACUGAUAAAUAUUUUGACCAGGAAAUAGAAUUAGAACAUAUUACUUUUUUUGCUACGGAAAAAAAGAAAAUUUUGCGAGCCAAAGCCAAUGAUAUUCAAGAGAAGCAUCAGGAAUUAGUUAUCCCCGACCAAAUCAUUGAAGCCAUACUUAACCAUAUUCGCGAAGUCGGAGUCCGGCAAGCCGAACGAGCCUUAUAUAAAUUAGAAGAAGAUCUCUGUCAACCUUGCUAUCAAGCCAACGAGCCAGAAUAUUUACAAAACUAUCGAAUUAUUGCUAAAACUCCACUGGAACCAGACGAUAAUGAUUAUAUAAAAUACGAUUCUAUUGAGUGUUAUGCUGGCAAAAAAGACCAAACCGGUCAAAUAUUAAAGCAAAAAGACUGUCCGCACUGUCAACCGUGGAAAUAUAAUAAAGAUACGCCACUACCCAUUAAAACUUGCUUGGUUUGCGAAAAAGAUAUUACUAAAAAUCAAGGAAUUACUUAUAGUAGCAGAGCCAAUAAUGAAAAAAAGAAAAAUUAUUGCUCUGUUGAGUGUUUAAGAAAAGGAAUGGCUCCUAAAAACGAACCUCAACAAAAUAAUCCUAAUAAAACUCCUAACCAUAAUCAAAACCGCGGAAUGCCAACUGGCUUAAAAAAUUUUUUCUGA